AUGUCUGAGAUGGAAAUUGACUCCAUAUGGCAGGCCGCCUUUGGCGACUCUGCCCGACCUGAACUUUACACCUCGAAAGAGCUCAACGAGGAUGGAUUCCACCCACUCAGUGACCCGCAAGCGUUUCUCCUGAACAUUACCACACUCACAAGAAAACAGCUCUACGCGGCAAGCGCCAACAAUCAAAUCGCCAUGAAAAUGGCUCAAGACGAGUACAUGGAUCUUGAGCGCCAGAUCGCCAACAUCAAAUCCAAGAAUCAACCCAAGAACCCGCAAGCUCUUUUCGAGCAUGAUGUUUUUGAAGAGCGCAAAGAAUCGGUCUUGUACGGUUACAAAUAUGAGGCCAACCGACCUGCGUUGCUGCAUGCCGGCAUUCCAGGCCUCAGACAUGCUGACGAGGUCACUGAGCGGGAAAAGCAUGAUGUUCGACUGUUUCAGGAACCCUUUGAGCAAGGUGGCUUUGUACCCAAGGAGAAGGAGUACAAGGCCAAACUCGCCAGUGCGCGCAAUCCCAAAAACCCCGACGGUUGGGACCCUGUCAUGAAGAACGGCAAGGCACUCCUCCCGAAAUUGCAAACUCAUCAAGACGAAUAUACCAACACAUAUGUGCGGCGCAAUGUCGAUGAGAAUGGUGAAAUCAUUCGGCCUCUCACUCCGAGCAGUGAGGUUUCUGGGGAGACGACAACACCGCCCAAGCCGGUCGACAAGCGUUUGACACGUACUCGCUUCGAUGGGAAGAAACAUCCACCCACACGGGAAGUUUCCGAGGCUCCUUCGACCCCUUCCACUCCUGGUCGAAAACGAGCAGCCGACUCUCCUGCAGUCGAUGGUGGUGCAGAGACCCCCAAUGCAAAGCGCCACAAGCUGAACGCACAGGGCAAACCGAAGCAUCCCAACCAAUACACGAAGGCCCGAGAGGCAAGGGAAGCAAAGGAAGCGCAGGAGGCAGCGGCAGCAGCAGCAGUAGCGCUAGCUGGGCCAACUGCAUCAAAGACGGCCACACCAGCCCCGAGUGGUCCGACACCUGCUGGAGCAGACAGGCCACCAUGGAUGGGAUUGUCGGUACAUGAGUUACGGGAGCGCAAGUGGACAGAUGAAGAGCUAGUUGCGGCAGUCAAGCACGAUCAUCUAUGGUUGCAUGACGACCCAGUCCAGGCUGAAGACUGGAAAUGGAAGAUCAUCAAUGGCGUCAAUCCCGUCCGCAGUUUCAGCAUGUUCAAAAAGUGGGCAUUCUGGAAGGCGGAGAACAAGGACAAGAGACCGCGUGGCAAAAAGAAUCUGGCGGCGGUGAACGACGCCACGGAAAACACAAAGACCAAAAAAGCUGCAAGCAAGCCCAAACCAUUACGCCCAGAGAAACAGACUGCAUCACCUUCUCUUCCAUCGUCGUCGAUCGAGACGGUCUCCGUCAACGGUCAUGAAGAUACGGUCAGGCAGGAUGGGACCGUGAAGAGAGGAGGAGGCAUUGGCAUCAAGCAGUUGGUAAACCAUGAUGAACCGGAGGGAAAUGAUGGCUACCCGAGCCCAAAGACGAAACAAGUGUCGAAUAAAGUGGCGGAGGAGGGUCCAAAGCAGAAUGCUAAAGAGUUGGACUCCAGUCCGGCCUCGAAAUCCAGUUUGAGGAGGGAGGGUAGCGAUUCUAUUUCUGUCACUGAUGCUACGCCACCUAAGAGACGGUCUCUACGGAACGCGAGACGCUUAAGCGAGUAA